GGAGAAAUGAGAUAAUUUCAGGUGCUCUCCUCCCCUCUGCUGUUUGCCUUUCGUGUCGGGAGCGGAGCCGGAUGGAAGACAGGAUAAAAGGCAAGGGAGGCGGUCGCUGCCGGUACUUGAAGGCGGGGCCUCUCCGCGAUCGCUCCAGAGCCAGCGAGACGACCGGCCGGCGAGGGAGCCUCAUGGGGGAGCGACCGGACACUCGCCCGGUCCCCGGGCCUGCGCUGCCCAGCGCUGCCUCUCAGAAGCUAGUGCCAUUCAACCAGCCCCGCAUCGCAACCACCAUGAAGCCGGGCCCGUCCCUCCGCACGCUGCCGUCGCUGCUGCUGCUGCAGCUGCUGCUGCUGCUGCUGCUGCUGCUGCUGACCACCCAGGGGAGCCUGGCCGUCCGCAGGGGACGGACACGGCGGGAGCUGGCCCCGGCGCUGCACCUGUGGGGCAUCCGGGACGACGGGGGCUCCUACUGCCAGAGGCUUGGAUUCUGCUGCCAAGAUCGCAACGACGACUGUGCGGUGCCCUACAGGGGCUCCAUGUGCUAUUGCGACAUCUUCUGUAACCGCAUGGUCCCCGACUGCUGCCCGGACUACUGGACCUACUGCCAGAACGCAGAGAAGGACCCUCCCGUCUACCCAGGCUGCCAGCACGAGGACCAAAUGUACCAUCCUUCAGAGACGUACAAGGAGAAUUGUAACCAGUGCACCUGCCUGGGAAACAGCUAUUGGGACUGUGAGCAGGAGCCCUGCCUGGUGAACACGGAGCUGAUGAACGCCAUCAACAGGGGAAACUACGGCUGGAGAGCUGGGAACCACAGCUCCUUCUGGGGAAUGACGCUGGAAGAAGGGAUCCGCCACAGGCUAGGCACCAUCCGGCCCUCGCCCUCCGUCAUGAACAUGAACAAGAUGCACAUGAACAUGGGCCCCAACGUAGUGCUGCCCCGCAACUUUGAUGCAGCUCAGAAGUGGCCUGGCCUGAUCCACGAACCCUUAGACCAAGGCAACUGUGCUGGCUCAUGGGCCUUCUCUACGGCAGCUGUGGCAUCGGACCGAAUCUCCAUCCACUCCAAGGGCCACAUGACCCCCUCGCUGUCCCCCCAGAACCUUCUCUCCUGUAACACCCGGCACCAGCAGGGCUGCAAUGGCGGGCGUCUGGAUAGGGCCUGGUCUUUCCUGCGGCGGAGGGGGUUGGUGUCCGACAAAUGCUACCCCUUGGCCAGCCAAAACUCGAUUGCGGAGCCCUGCAGGAUGUACAGUCGCCCCAUGGGGCGAGGCAAGCGCCAGGCCACCGGCCCCUGCCCCAACAACUUCCACCACUCCAACGACUACUCCAACGACAUCUACCAGUCCACACCUCCCUACCGCCUCUCCUCCAAUGAAAAGGAUAUAAUGAAGGAGAUAAUGGAGAAUGGGCCCGUGCAAGCCCUGAUGGAAGUCCAUGAAGAUUUCUUCCUGUACAAGGACGGGAUCUACCGCCACACUCCCGCCAGCAACGGCAAGCCUCCACAGUUCCGUCGCCAAGGGACCCAUUCAGUGAAGAUUACCGGGUGGGGGGAGGAGCUGCAGCCCAAUGGGCGGAGAGUCAAGUUCUGGAGGGCGGCCAACUCCUGGGGUCCAACCUGGGGCGAGGGCGGCUCCUUCCGCAUCUUGCGCGGCUGCAAUGAGUGUGACAUCGAGAGCUUCGUGGUGGGCGUUUGGGGUCGCGUGGGAUCAGAGGACAUGAACCACCGCCGCUACUACCACAGAAAAUGACGCUCGGCCUCUUGAUGGGUCCGGGGCCUGCCGGGGUGAGAUGGGGGCAACGAGGGAGUCCGCCCCCUACCUCCAUCCCUCCGGGCCUGGUCCAGAGACCACCGUCCCUCUUCCUCCCUA